AUCCAUUCCACACCACCGCAAAAAAAGAAAUUUUUUUUUGGUCGAACUUGACAAAUCUUGUGAUUUUUUUAUUUUUAUGAUUAUCAUCGCAUUUGUUUGGCUGCUAAAAAUUUUAUCCACAAAUUUCCGUCAAAAAUCCAAAACUUGUAAUUCAAAAGAUGAAUUAUCAGCUAAAAAUCUGAGAAUUUGAAUCCUCUUAUAUUUGAUGAAUGUGUAUGGUUUUCAAUUCGCAAGUUGUAGUAUUUAAUCCAUGCAAUUUUAUUUGCAUCGGCGAUGAUUGAAUAUUAUUAUUAUCUGAUUUUGCAGCCGGUAUUCACCGAUCAUCAAGUUUUGUUGGUUUGAAAUAAAAUUAAUCUGUUUUAUUUCACCAAUAUGAAUUUCCAGAUGGUUUCUCUUUAUUUGGUGAAUUGGGGGAAUGUCUAUUCAUGAAGACAACACCACAUAAACUAAAGAUUCUCCAGUUGGCCUCUGUAUGUGUGUAGGAAAAGGGCAAUGAUGAUUAGAUAUCUUGUUUUGUUUAUACUUCUCCCGUCCGCCAUUUAAAGAGCCUUUUGAUUCGGUUCCUCCUGUCUUAAAAUGGAGACCUCUUCAAAUUGGAGUCGCUACUCAAAGAAAUGGAAGAAUUCUGCUUUAGGUGCACGUGCAAGGCUGGAGGAUUUAUUAUCUGAAGCUACCAAUGCAACUUGUGCAGACUGUGGAGCACCAGAUCCCAAAUGGGUAUCUCUUACUACUGGAGCUUUUAUUUGUAUCAAAUGUUCUGGAGUUCAUAGAAGCCUUGGAGUGCAUAUAUCACAGGUAUUCUCUGUGAAUCUUGAUGAUUGGACACACGAGCAAGUUGAUAGCAUAACUGAAAUGGGUGGAAAUAGUGUUGUGAACUUGAAAUAUGAAGCUAAUAUUCCUGACAAGUAUAAAAAACCAAAUCCCAACUCUACUGCUCAGGAGCGGACUGACUUCAUAAGGCGAAAAUACGAGCUUCACGAGUUCUUCAACACCGCAUUACAUCCUCCAUCUUCUUCCUACCACGAAAGUUGUGAUAAGAAACCCCAUAACGAGAAAUCCACAACCCACGAGCGCAGUCACCACAAGAAAAGAUCGGAACAUAAGGCUCGCAAGAUAACUAACUCAAGCCAGGCAGGUAUGGUCGAAUUCGUAGGGCUGAUUAAGGUGAGUAUACUACGAGGCACCAACCUAGUCGUCCGAGAUAUGGUGACUAGUGACCCCUACGUCAUCCUCUCACUCGGAAAUCAGUCAAUGAAGACGCGGGUUAUAAAGAAUAACAUCAACCCUGUAUGGAAUGAGUGCCUAAUGUUGUCAAUUCCAUCAGAUAUACCUCCUUUGAAGUUGGAUGUGUAUGACAAGGAUACAUUCUCAACGGAUGAUUUUAUGGGGGACGCUGAGAUUAAUAUCGAACCACUGCUGUCGGUUGCUAGGGCUACAGAGUCGUCCUCCACCGGUGCGGUCACAUUCCAACCCGGUAGAGUUAAACAAGUCGUUUGCAUUUCUUUACAGAAUGUGGAACGAGGUUCACUCGAGAUCGAGCUCGAGUGUAUGCCUCUCACGCAAUAGCAUCAUCUUUUACUCUCAACUCCAAAACUAACUUUUACAUAUGUAUAUUACCUUUUUAUAUUUUUUAUUUUUUUGCUUACGCUUGCUUGUAUAAUAGAUUUCAAAUGUUUUACUCUUCAAUUGAUAAUAAAUGUGGUUGAUUUUA